AUGGCUAGUGAUGAAUCCAGCGUACGUGUUGCAGUAAGAAUUCGGCCACAAACACCGGCGGAAGUCCUCGAAGGAUGCGGUAUAUGCGCGCGCGCUGGCGGUGCGGCCGGCGAAGGCGGCGUCGCCCUCGGCUCAGAGAGGGCCUUCACCUUCGACUACGCCUUCGAACCCUCGGUCGGGCAGCAGCAGAUCUAUGACACUUGCGUCAGGAAGCUGGUAGAAGCAGCCCUAGAUGGAUACAACGCAACCGUGCUGGCAUAUGGUCAGACUGGGUCCGGAAAGACGUACACAAUGGGUAGCGGCUGGGAGGGGGAGGGCGACCUCGACGAGGACAAGCGAGGGAUCAUACCACGAGCGAUACGCGACCUCUUUUCCGGGGCAGAGGAAAGGGCAGAAGCCGCUCGCGCCCAGGGUCAGCUACCCCCGGAAUUCUCUGUUCAGGCGCAGUUCAUUGAGCUCUAUAAUGAGGAUAUAGUGGACUUGCUGGACCCCGCUAAGGAUCCUUAUGCUAAGAGUAAUUUAAGAAUAACAGAGGAUGGUGUAGGUGGGGUUAAAAUAGUCGGAGCUUCCAUUCGCGCUGUAAGAGGCUCAAAGGAGGCAUUAGGGGCGCUCCGAGCGGGUGCAUUGGCUCGAACAACAGCUGCCACCAAUAUGAACUCUUCUUCAUCAAGAUCCCAUGCCGUCUUUACCUUACUUCUUAGACAGAGACGCCUAGCUGCAGAUCAAGAUGGUGUAAAAGAGAUGGAAACAGAUGGCGACGCUCCUGAACAAUACGAGACUUUGACGGCCAAGUUCCAUUUUGUGGAUCUAGCGGGAUCAGAAAGAUUAAAACGAACAGGGGCGACAGGGGAACGAGCGCGCGAAGGGAUAUCCAUAAACUGUGGACUAUUAGCGUUAGGUAACGUGAUAUCUGCUCUUGGGGACAAAUCGCGAAAAGUCUUACAUGUCCCUUAUCGGGAUUCGAAAUUAACGAGGCUACUGCAGGAUUCACUUGGAGGAAACAGCAACACAGUAAUGAUAGCUUGCGUGUCGCCUAGCGAUCGCGAUUUCAUGGAGACGCUAAAUACCCUGAAGUAUGCUAACAGAGCGAGGAAUAUCAAGAAUCGUUGCGUCGUUAACCAGGAUCUGACCUCCAGAACUAUCCAUCAGUUGCGACAAGAAGUCGCCAGGCUGCAAUUAGAGCUCGCUGAGUAUAAACAGGGCAAACGUGUCAUAUCCGAAAACGGCGAAGAGGGUUGGAGUGACGUUGUACAAGAGAAUGCUCUUUUGAAUAGUGAAGUAGAGUCAUUACGGCGAAGAGUUCAAGCCAUGCAGGGCACGAUAGAGAAACUGUCAGCACGAAACAGCGAGUUAUUAGCUGAAAAGGCUUUAGGUACAUGGGGACCGAAAGACGGCAGCCCUGAUGCAUCCGAUUGUUCUCUAACUGCACUUGUACAGGGUUACGUUUCGGAAAUCGAAGAUCUGCGGGCUCAGUUAAUGGAAGCGAAUGCGUUGUACGAAGCGAGUCGACGUCGCGAGGCUAGAACCAGAAAUGAUUCAACAAUGCUUGAUACUUCAACCAUUAUUGACGACGCCAAGCGGGAGCUUUAUAAGGAAAAGGAAAUAUUAGCCCGUAGUAUGGGAGAACUGGAAUUCCAGCGUAAAUUAAAUGAAAGUACUGAGCCUUAUGGUGAGAGAGAACGCGCGGAGGGAGAGAGUGCAGGCGAUUCUGACCCUUCUGACGACGAUGAGAGCGACUCUGAAGAGGACAAUGAAAUGAAAGGUCAACAGCUACUGACCGCCCAAUUGGCUGCUUUGAGCGAAGAUAUAGAUACAAAGGCUCGAUUGGUAGAACAAUUGGAGGCUUCACAACGACGACUAGCCGCGCUCAGGACGCAUUAUGAACAGAGAUUAGACCAUUUGCAUCAACAGAUCAAGGCUACGGGCGAGGAGAGAGAUAAAGUACUGGCAUCUCUUGCGUCCCAAUCGUCGCAGCCAAGUGAAAAGUUAAAAAGAGUGAAGGAGGAAUAUGAACGCCGCGUAACUCAUAUGUCUCGGGAAUUGCGGAGACUGCAGACAGCGCAGCGGGAACAUGCUCGUUUGCAGCGGUCACAGCAGCAUACAGCACAGCAGAUACAUUCUUUAAACAAUGAAUUACAAAACAUGAAGCGUGAUAAGGUUAAACUUGUACAAAGAAUGAGAUUGGAAUCAAAAAGACAUGCCCAAGCAGAAGCAGCACGAGCCAAAGAAGUAGCACAAUUACGCAAAGAAUCACGGAAGAACGCCAACUUAAUACGAUCUUUAGAAGCGGAGACGAAACUCAAAGAACAGGUUUUAAAACGGAAACAAGAAGAAGUAUCAUUAUUACGACGUGGGCACAGAGAUAAAUUGAGCAGUAGGGCUGCCGGCCGACUGCAGGAUCGUAAUCGUGCUAAAUCUCGUACGUCCGGCCGCGAAAUCUGGUCCCGUCUGGAAUGCUGGUUGUCGCGCGCGUGCGCAGCUCGUACUACGCUCGCUGAACUCGAAGUUACGCUCGAACACCAGCUUAAACAACGGGACAGUGUAGCAGCUUCUCAAGCUAACGACCCUGACUCAAGAGCGCUGCUGACGUAUCUUAGGAGUGCUAUUGCCGAAACGCAGUCGCAGAUUAUACAAAUUGAGGAGGAAAAUGAAGAGAAUGAGUUACCUCGUGUAUUGGAACAAAUAGACUGUGAAACGGGCAGAUACGCUCUAGAACGGCUAGCGGCUGUAGCACUGCAGCAUGCGCAGGAGUCUGCUAGAAACGGAAAGACACUAGUCGAUAUGCGAGCGAGAUUAUCUGAGUUGGAAGAAAAGUGCGAACAGACGGCCAGCGCACUGCGUGCUGCUGAUGAGAACAACCUGAAUCCAUGGAACAAUUCGACUGCUUUUGCUGCUCUGUUAGCGCACGUGUCAUCCGGCACUUCCACUAGAUCUGUGUCGCCUGUUGAUAGUGCUUUAUUGGAAACACGUCCGCCUGUCCUUGGCGUAAGAGAAACGAAUACGGCGCCCGCUUCGCCUCCCGACGAUAAUUCACCAUUCCAAAGAAAUACUGUUCGUCGCGGGUCAGUACGGCUACGUGAUCUUGGGGUGUACAGUCGCGAUGAAAAUGUCGAUCCUAUGACCCAAUCACUGGUGGAGCCGACGUCGCCCAAGCCUAUACCGUUGAGCCGAGUUCCGAGUGCUCCAGGCAGUCUUAGAGGUUUACAACCAAUUAACUCGAUGUCGUCACCAAUAUCCAAUCGCCGCGCACCGCCCGAGAGUCCGCGACCAAUAAGAAGACAACAAUCCUUAGCAAAACCAGCCUCUUUCGGAUAUAGAGACUCGAGUGGAAUGGCCACUGAAGGUACCCCACCUGCAUCUCCUGGAGCUGCUCGACGGGCGAGAGACGAAGACGUAUUCCAGAGGUUGACUGGUGUCGGGUCGGAACAGGCUCCCAGCGGAAUUGUUAAAAUAGUUUCGUUAAAGCGAGUUAUUACGGGUGCAGCUGGCGGUGGUACCUGGCUUCAGUGCACCCACGUAGCGGAGGGUCACGUAGGAGCCGUAUCUGCUUUGGCGGCCGUACCUAAUGCUUUGUACAGCGGCGGCGUUGAUCGUACGGUUCGUGGUUGGGAUCUAAAUGCCGGUCGUGAAGGAUGGCGUGCUUGGUGCGGGGGCGGAGUUAAUGCACUAACUGCCGGCCAGGGGGUGACUGGGCAUGACUCGAGGGUUGUUAUAGCAGCCGCUAGCUCUGCCGUCCGACUUUUCGACACCAGGAGUAAUGCACCUGUUGCUACUUUGUGGUCAUCUGGGGCAACAGGUCCAAACGCAGCCGUUCGUGGAUUAGAAUGUACUGUGACAGCAAUUGCAUUAGCAGAUCCCCACACACUCUACACCGCUGCUGCAGAUAAACUACGACUAUGGGAUUUGAGAAUGUUAGAAUGCGUAUAUAAGACGUGGUCGGGACAUACAGCGGCCGUGAUGUGUAUGGCCCGCGUGUCUUUACCCAACGGUGACAGACUUGCGACCGGCUCGAGGGACCAUUGUGUUCGCGUCUUCGACUGGACACACGUUAAUAGUGUUUGGGAGGCAGGUAACCGCCGUCUUCUUGAGCCGCCACAUUACGAUGGCGUGCAGGCGUUAGUGUUGCGAAACAGUUCAGCAGGGGGGCAGCUCCUGUACAGCGCUUCUAGAGACUCGAGCCUUAAAUGUUGGAGGCUUUCAGACAAUACACUGGCACAUGGUGUAAUGAACGCCCACAAAGGCUGGGUGACAGGUGUUUGUGGAGUGGGUGGUGUACAGAACGCAGGCGGUUGGAUCGCUAGUUGCGGUCGCGAUCAAGCACUACGUCUCUGGAGCCCAGCGCUACGCCCUGCGGCACCUCCCGCCUCUCUGCCGGAUCAGCCUCACGCACUGGCCGCCUGCGCAGCCACCGGAUCACUUUAUACAGCUGGAAGCGGCGGCGAAGUGCGCGCCUGGAGAGUUCUCCUCGAGCCGUGA